CCUCGACCUCACCUCUGUCUUGCCAUCAAUCUUGGAUUGCUUUCUAACAUCUCCGAUAUUAGCGCUCUAGCCUGUCUUUAUGACUGCCAAUCUUCGAAAAGUCGCACUCGUUGGGGGCUCCGGCCAGCUCGGGCCAUACCUCCUCAAGGCCUUGCAGGCGGAUCCAGCUUUUGAGGUGACCGUGGUUUCACGCCAAAGCUCAACGGCCAGUUUCCCCCCGAACACCAGUAUCGUCAGAGUCAGCGACAGCUACCAAAAGAACGAGUUUCUCGACGUCUUUAAGGGCCAGGAUGCCGUAGUGCUAUCGUUGAACUUCCCCGCCGAGCAACAGCAUCACAACAUGCUUGUGGACGCAUCGGUGGAGGCUGGGGUCAAGCGGCUGAUUCCUUCAAUAUGGAGCGGCAGGCUUGAUAUCCCCGAGGUGCGGCAGAUCUUCCCCCUCGCAGCCUCAAAGGCGGGCUUGCUUGAAUAUGUCAAAUUUAAGGAGGGAUCAGCCCCGGGUUGGAGCUACACGGCUGUGGUCUGUGGCCCUUUCCACGACCUCUGCGUGCGCACCAACUUCUACGACAUGGACCCUAGGUCGCACUCGGCUACGAUUUGGGAUGACGGAAACGCGAAAUUCUCCGUUACCACUCAUGACACGAUAGGUCUCGCCGUCACGAAGAUCCUCCGCAAGCCAUCGGAGACGGCAAACAGGACGGUCUAUAUCUCCUCCUUCGAGACGUCCAUGAACGAGCUGCUAGCUGCUUACAAAUCGGCCACCGGGGUUCCGGAGUGGAAAGUCACCCAUGGAGACGUUGAGCAGGGCAUUAAGGAGGCACAGGAAGUCAUCACGUCUUCGGAGAACUUUAUGGACCGAAUGCAAGCAAUCGGCCGUUUGGGUCUCCUUGUCGGUCUUAAGGAGGGUCUAGGAGGCGACUUCGUCGCUGAAGGCUUGUCAGACAACGAGCUGCUCGAGCUGCCGCGCAAUGAUGUGACGGAGACGGUAAUGAAACUCUUGAACGUUUGACUCUCUUCGAAUGUUAAUUCUAAAGGGAAGCUUUGAGAAGCGUACUUGAUCAGCGGAUGGAAAUCUAGAUAUUAUUUGAGUCUGAGAAAGAUAUCGUCGACUUUGCCAAUUGCUUGCGUACAAUAAUGAUAUUUAC